UGGCAACCCUGCGCUCAGGUCCACUAGUCGCGUCUCCCGUCGGGACUGUACUUAACCACUGCUGUUUAGUGCAGAUUAUCCGGUUAAACAACUGUCCCCGAGGGACCGGGACCGGUUAGCUCGGCAACGGAGCAGGUUUAGUCUCUCUCGGUGUUGGAGCGGUUUCCUAAAAGUUCCUCGUGAAUGUAAGUCGAACAGCAGACGUCGCGAAGUAAACAGAGCUCACGCCGUUAGCGUCUUAAAGUAGCGGACGGAGCUCGGAAAACAUCACCAAACGAGGAGAAAUGGAGUUGGAGGACCCGGGCUCUUCAGCGAUGAUGUCCGAGCGGGUGUCCGGCUUGGCGAGCUCCAUCUACCGCGAGUUCGAGCGGAUGAUCGGCAGAUACGACGAGGACGUGGUGAAGGAGCUCAUGCCGCUGGUCGUGGCGGUGCUGGAGAACCUGGACUCGGUGUUCGCGGAGAACCAGGAGCAGGAGGUGGAGCUGGAGCUGCUGAAGGAGGACAACGAGCAGCUCGUCACCCAGUACGAGCGGGAGAAAGCGCUGAGGAAGAGCAAAGAGGAGAGAUAUAUUGAGUAUGAGGACUCUCAAGAGCAGGAUAAGAAAGAUCUUCAGAACCGUGUGCAGAUGCUGGAGGCUCAAACCAGACAGAUGGAGCUCAAGACCAAGAACUACGCAGACCAGAUUGGAAGAUUAGAGGAGCGUGAAGCCGAGCUGAAGAAAGAGUACAAUGCUCUCCAUCAGAGACACACAAAGAUGAUCCACAGUUACAUUGAGCACUUGGAACGUAGCAAAUACCAGCAGAUGACGGGAGAGACCACAGACACUGCGAGUCAGAGCAGAAUUAGGAAGGAGUGCCCCGUCUCUCUGGGUAUCUUUUCAUUGCCGGGAAGUGAUGUAAUGAGCCCUGAUCUGCACAGAGAAGCUGUGGAGACUCCAGGAACGGACACAUGGAGAUAUAACAAUCUCAGCCACCCUCGCUCCAACACCAGCCUCAAGGAUGAGCUUUCUGGUGCCGGUAGAAGAGAGUCCAAAUCCAGCACAGCCAUGUCUGCAUCGGUGGACACGCCGCAGGGUUUGAGCAGAAACCUGGACUCCAGGAGAGCUAAACCAGACAGCAGGAAGAACAUCGCUGUGGCAUCAGAGACGCCGUCUACAGGAGCUGAUCCAAGUGAGAAUGCAGAGCGAUCGGAGGUCCAGGCGAUCAUUGAGUCCACACCAGAGCUGGACAUGAACCUCAGCGGAUGCAAAGGCUCCAGCACUCCCACUAAAGGCUUGGAGAACAUGGCCUUCGACCGUAACACUGACUCUCUCUUUGAGGAGCUCUCGUCAGCAGGAACCGAUCUCAUAGCAGACGUGGAUGAAGGUGCAGAUCUGCUGGGUAUGGGUCGUGAAGUCGAACACCUGAUACAUGAGAACACGCAGCUGCUGGAGACAAAGAACGCUCUGAAUGUGGUGAAGAACGACCUGAUCGCUCGUGUGGAUGAGCUGGUGUGUGAGAAGGACGUUCUUCAGGGCGAGCUGGAGGUCCUGAAACAGGCCAAAGACAGACUGGAGGAGAGGAACAAAGAGCUGGAGGAGGAGCUCAAGAAAGUCCGAGCUGAGCUGGAGGAAGCCAAACUGAAGACUAAAGAGGACGAUGAUAGCGGAGUGCCGACGGCCCAGCGCAAGCGCUUCACGCGGGUGGAGAUGGCCCGAGUCCUGAUGGAGAGAAACCAGUAUAAAGAGAGGCUGAUGGAGCUGCAGGAGGCCGUCAGGUGGACGGAGAUGAUACGAGCGUCGAGAGAGAAUCCAGCCUUGACUGAGAAGAAAAAGUCCAGUGUCUGGCAGUUUUUCAGCAGGCUCUUCAGCUCUUCGUCCAGCACCACAGCCCAAAAACCAGACGCAGCGGUUAACAUGAAGUACAACGCACCCAGGUCACACAUCGUACCCUCGGUGAAGAAGAGGAGCAGCACGCUCGCUCAGCUGCCUAGUGACAAAUCCAGAGCCUUUGACUUCCUCAAUGAGGAGGCUGAGGUGGAGAAUGUAGUGUCUCGUAGAGAGCAGAAGAGAGCUCAGUACAGGCAGGUGAAGGCUCAUGUGCAGAAAGAGGACAGCCGCAUGCAGGCGUACGGAUGGAGUUUACCUCCAAAAUACAAGGUUGCAAAUGGUGGACAAGCAGAUAGUAAAAUAAGAAAUCUUCCAGUGCCCGUCUACAUGCGACCGUUAGAUGAGAAAGAUGCUUCCAUGAAGCUGUGGUGCGCUGCAGGAGUCAAUCUGUCCGGUGGAAAGACACGAGACGGAGGCUCCAUCGUGGGAGCGAGUGUGUUUUAUAAAGAUGUGUCUGGAGGAGAGAGCGGCCCCAGGAAGAAGAGAGGAUCUCGGAGCAGUCUGGAGCGACUGGAGCAGGAACUCAAGGAGCAGCAGAAGGAGCUGCAGCACCAGGAUGAUCUCUCCAGUCUGGUGUGGAUCUGCACCACCACACACACCUCCUCUAAAGUCAUCGUCAUCAACGCUAACCAGCCCGGAAACAUCCUGGAGAGCUUCUUCGUCUGUAGCUCUCACGUGCUGUGCAUCGCCAGCGUUCCCGGCGCUCGUGAAACAGACUAUCCCUCCGGAGAGGAGCUGAGCGCAGACGCUGAGGCCGAAGGGGCUUCUGAAGUCAGCUCCACAGGCUCUGACGGAGGUCUGGAUGGCAUCACUGUCAUGGGCUGCUCUGCAGAAGGACUCGUGGCCAUCCCUCAAACCGUCUGCAACAACUCCAUAGAGUCCUCAGACACCGACGAGGUAGCAGCAGCAGAAGAAGCUCUGGAGGCCACGGAGAGCCACAGCAACACACCUGCGGAUGAGAGUCGGCCCGGGAUCUACACCGAACACGUGUUCACUGACACGCCAUCCAGCUACACGCAGAGGGAGUGUGAUCUGGUGAACGACGGCGUCAGCUCGAUGCCCGAGGAGCAGGAUCUCGUGAGAGAUGAAGCCUGCAAGAUGAGCAGCGUUCUGCCUACAAUGUGGCUCGGGGCUCAGAACGGCUGUGUGUACGUGCAUUCAUCGGUCGCACAGUGGAGGAAGUGCCUUCACUCCAUCAAGUUAAAGGAUUCUGUUCUGGGGAUUGUUCAUGUGAAAGGACGUGUUCUGGUAGCUUUGUCUGAUGGCACGCUUGCAAUCUUCCACAGAGCUGUUGAUGGCCAGUGGGAUCUGACCAACUUCCACCUGUUAGAUCUGGGCCGUCCGCACCACUCCAUCCACUGCAUGACUGUAGUGCAUGACCAGGUCUGGUGUGGAUACAGGAACAAGAUCUUUGUGGUGCAACCCAAAGCCAUGAAGAUCGAGAAAUCCUUCGAUGCUCAUCCGCGUAAGGAGAGUCAGGUGAGGCAGCUGGCGUGGGAUGGAGAUGGGAUCUGGGUGUCGAUUCGUCUGGACUCCACCCUCAGACUGUUCCACGCUCACACACACCAGCACCUGCAGGACAUCGACAUCGAGCCGUACGUCAGCAAGAUGCUGGGCAGCGGUAAGCUGGGCUUCUCUUUCGUGCGGAUCACCGCUCUGAUGGUCUCAUGCAGCCGUCUGUGGGUGGGAACCGGGAACGGCGUCAUCAUCUCCAUCCCUCUCUCUGAGAAAAGUAAAGAUGCAGUGGCGGCGGGGUCCAAUCAUCCAGGCGGUGCGAUCCGCGUCUACGGUGAUGAGAGCGGUGAUAAAGUCACGGCGGGAACCUCUGUGCCCUUCUGCUCCAUGGCUCACGCCCAGCUGUGCUUCCACGGACACAGAGACGCCGUCAAGUUCUUCGCCGCAGUCCCAGGGCAGGUGAUUGCAUCUGCGUGGUCAGGGGUCGAGGCGUCCGAUUCGCCGGAGCUGGUGAAGUCUGUGCUGGUCAUGAGCGGAGGAGAGGGUUACAUUGACUUCAGGAUGGGAGAUGAAGGAGGAGACACAGAAAACAUCAACGAGCCCACUCUCAACCUGCAGCCCCUGCUGGCCAAAGCUGAACGCAGUCACCUCAUCGUGUGGCAGGUUAUGACCGGCGAGGAGUGACGUUGCUCCAGACGCGCUUUGGACCUUUUUCAGGCGCUUCUGCUUUAUUUAAGACGUUUCAAGCACUGGCUUAUAGCAUUUCUACCAUGCAAAUCACCAAAGAAUGACGUAUUCAGACUGUUAGUUUGCGCUUUCACUAUGAAUUGCGCUUUUGCCCUUCAUCUUUGGUAAGUGUUUCCUUCACGCAGAUUGCAAAUAAUGGGCGGUCCGUAUUUUUUGGGUGAAAGCACAACGGGAUGAUGCACAGUGCACUACAUCUUAGCUAGAAGAGCUUUUGUGUUUGUUCGUGGGAUGUUUUCACCAAUAAGUGCUUUUUCAAUUCUUAAAUCAUCCACUUUUUUCAUAUGAAUGUCGCACGGUUACCAAAGGAUAGAGAAAUCAUUUAAUAGCUUCAUUGAUGGAUUCUAGAUCACUUUGUGUCACGCAGAUCCACGUCACGUUUUGCUCGUUCGCCUAUUUUUUAACACUCUUGCAGUUUUCGCAGGAAAGUAGUGCGUAGAGACAAACGUGUAUUUUUAUGACUCUUUUGUACAUGUCUUUUAGACUCUAAUGUAGAGCAUCUAGAGCUGCUUCGUGUGCAGGAGAGUAGAAACAACCUCCUGUCGCAAACUAAACUUUGCAGUAUUUAUUUCUAUGAACGAGCCUUUGCAGUUCAGAAUGUAACUUUGUACAUUGAAUAUAAAUAUAUACAAAAUACAGAUAUGUAUAUGAAAUGUAUGACUGCUUGGAUUUGAGUUUUUUUGAUAAUGUAAAUCAGGUUGAUUGAUUGAUCGUGGGCGGAUCAAAAUAACGGACUACAGAAAUGUAAAAAAAUCACUGAGCUAUGCACUAUUUUUAAAGGACAGUGUGUGAGUGUGUGUGAGUGUGUGUGUGUGUGUGUGUCUAAU